CGCGGGCCGAAGCCAACCAAGGACCCGGCGGCGAUUGGCGGUGGCUGCGUAGAGUCCAGCCAGGACUUUGAGAAUCGGCGGCGGAAGCAUCUGCGGCACUGGUUUAGGCGGCGGUUCAACGCGUGCUCUCUGGGCGGGGUGCGGCGGGGGAUGUGUCUGCCUAGGUCGGGCGGAGUCUCUCUGACAGGGCGGGGGAAACGCGGCGGCUGUUCGUCCGGACCCUGAAGCAGCUGGGCCCACCCUCCUGGAACCGUCCGACCCUUGCUGGCCUCGGCCUGUGCUGUCUCCUCCGGCCUCACCCUGGGGCCGAGGGUGGGAGGCAGCUUCCGCCAUAGAGGAGGGGGCCGUGGUGGCCACCGCGGCGAAGCCCGAGUUCUUUUGCCAUGAAAAUGGUUUGCACAGUCUUGAACACAAACUAUUCAUGCUGAUGGGACAGGAUUCAAUAUGAAUAUAAAUGAUGGAGGAAGACGACGCUUUGAAGAUAAUGAACAUACAUUACAUAUAUAUCCUGGGACAAUUUCAGAAGGGACAAUCUACUGUCCAGUUCCUGCCAGAAAAAACUCCACAGCUGCUGAGGUGAUUGAUUCUCUUAUAGACAGACUUCAUCUUGACAAAACAAAAUGUUAUGUUCUAGCAGAGGUAAAGGAAUUUGGUGGAGAAGAAUGGAUACUCAAUCCAACAGACUGUCCAGUUCAGCGAAUGAUGUUGUGGCCCCGAAUGGCUCUGGAAAAUCGCCUAAGUGGAGAGGACUACCGCUUUCUUCUGAGAGAAAAGAACCUUGAUGGAUCAAUCCAUUAUGGUAGUCUUCAGUCAUGGCUACGGGUAACAGAAGAACGCCGCAGGAUGAUGGAACGGGGUUUUCUUCCACAGCCUCAACAGAAAGACUUUGAUGAUUUAUGUAGCUUACCUGAUUUAAAUGAGAAAACUCUCUUAGAAAAUCUACGAAAUCGCUUUAAACAUGAAAAAAUUUAUACCUAUGUUGGCAGUAUUCUCAUCGUUAUUAACCCAUUCAAGUUUCUUCCUAUUUAUAACCCCAAAUAUGUUAAAAUGUAUGAUAACCACCAAUUGGGAAAACUUGAGCCCCACAUUUAUGCUGUUGCUGAUGUAGCUUAUCACACCAUGCUCCAGCGCAAAAAGAAUCAGUGCAUUGUGAUUUCGGGAGAGAGUGGUUCUGGAAAGACUCAAAGCACAAAUUUUCUUAUUCACCACCUGACUGCUCUCAGUCAGAAAGGAUUUGCCAGUGGAGUGGAACAAAUUAUUCUUGGAGCUGGACCAGUACUUGAGGCUUUUGGAAAUGCAAAGACAGCUCAUAAUAACAAUUCAAGUCGUUUUGGCAAGUUUAUUCAAGUAAAUUACCAAGAAACAGGCACUGUACUUGGUGCCUACGUUGAAAAAUAUCUACUAGAGAAGUCCAGACUCGUUUAUCAAGAGCAUAAUGAACGGAACUAUCAUGUAUUCUAUUACCUCCUGGCAGGAGCAAGUGAAGAAGAGAGAUUAGCAUUCCAUCUUAAACAACCAGAGGAAUAUCAUUACCUUAAUCAGAUAACAAAGAAACCCCUCAGACAGAGCUGGGAUGAUUAUUGCUAUGACUCUGAGCCGGAUUGCUUCACAGUGGAAGGGGAAGAUUUGAAGCAUGACUUUGAACGCUUACAGCUGGCCAUGGAAAUGGUAGGAUUUCUUCCCAAGACACGAAGACAGAUUUUCUCUCUUCUUUCAGCAAUACUGCAUUUGGGUAAUAUCUGUUAUAAAAAGAAGACAUACCGGGAUGACUCCAUAGAUAUCUGUAACCCUGAAGUUCUGCCUGUUGUCUCAGAAUUAUUAGAAGUUAAAGAAGAGAUGCUAUUUGAAGCAUUGGUUACGAGGAAGACUGUGACAGUGGGAGAAAAGCUUAUUUUACCAUACAGACUCGCAGAGGCUGUGACAGUGAGGAACUCCAUGGCUAAGUCUUUAUAUAGUGCCCUAUUUGACUGGAUAGUUUUUCGGAUUAACCAUGCACUUCUGAGUAGUAAAGAUUUGGAGCAAAAUACCAAGACUUUAUCCAUUGGUGUUCUUGAUAUUUUUGGGUUUGAAGAUUAUGAAAAUAACAGCUUUGAACAAUUUUGUAUUAAUUUUGCCAAUGAACGUUUACAACACUACUUUAAUCAACAUAUCUUUAAAUUGGAGCAGGAGGAAUAUAGAGCUGAAGGUAUCAGCUGGCACAAUAUAGAUUAUAUUGAUAAUACCUGUUGCAUAAAUCUUAUUAGCAAGAAACCAACAGGACUGCUCCAUCUUUUAGAUGAAGAAAGCAACUUUCCACAGGCUACAAAUCAAACAUUGCUAGACAAAUUUAAGCAUCAACAUGAAGAGAAUUCUUACAUUGAAUUUCCAGCUGUGAUGGAGCCUGCUUUCACCAUAAAACAUUAUGCCGGGAAAGUAAAAUAUGGGGUAAAGGAUUUCCGGGAAAAAAAUACAGAUCAUAUGCGUCCUGACAUUGUAGCUCUUCUGAGAAGUAGCAAAAAUGCAUUUAUCUCUGAGAUGAUUGGAAUUGAUCCUGUAGCUGUUUUCCGAUGGGCAGUUCUCCGAGGUUUUUUCAGAGCCAUGGUUGCCUUCAGGGAAGCUGGGAAAAGACACAUACAGAGAAAAACUGGACAUGAUGAUACAGCGCCAUGUGCAAUUUUGAAAAGUAUGGAUAGUUUUAGCUUUCUCCAACACCCAGUCCACCAGAGGAGCUUAGAGAUUCUGCAGAGGUGCAAGGAAGAGAAGUACAGUAUAACUCGGAAAAAUCCCAGAACACCUCUUUCUGAUCUUCAGGGCAUCAAUACUUUGAAUGAAAAAAACCAGCAUGAUACAUUUGAUAUUGCCUGGAAUGGCAGAACUGGGAUUCGCCAGAGCAGACUAUCAAGUAGCACCUCCUUGCUUGACAAAGAUGGGAUAUUCGCUAAUUCAGCUAGCAGCAAGCUCUUGGAAAGAGCCCAUGGAAUUCUCACGAGAAACAGAAACUUCAAAUUCAAACCUGGCCUUCCAAAGCACUUGCUAGAGGUAAAUUCUUUAAAGCACCUGACAAGACUGACUCUGCAGGAUCGCAUUACCAAGUCCCUUCUUCAUUUGCACAAGAAGAAGAAACCUCCCAGCAUCAGUGCUCAGUUUCAGACCUCAUUAAACAAGCUGAUGGAGACACUUGGUCAAGCAGAGCCAUAUUUUGUAAAAUGCAUUCGCUCUAAUGCAGAAAAGCUGCCAUUAAGGUUCAGUGAUGCCUUGGUACUUAGGCAGCUUCGGUAUACUGGGAUGCUGGAGACCGUUCGAAUUCGCCAAUCAGGAUACAGCUGCAAAUACUCUUUCCAGGAUUUUGCGAGCCACUUCCAUGUACUUCUUCCUCGAAAUAUCAUUCCAUCCAAAUUUAACAUCCAGGAUUUCUUCAGGAAAAUAAAUAUUAAUCCAAAUAAUUAUCAAGUUGGAAAAUCCAUGGUGUUCCUAAAGGAACAGGAACGACAGCACCUACAAGAUCUGCUUCACCAAGAGGUGCUCCGCAGAAUCAUAUUGUUGCAGCAGUGGUUUAGGGUCUUGCUGUGCAGGCAGCAUUUUCUCCAUCUGAGACAGGCAUCAAUUAUCAUUCAGCGAUUCUGGAGGAAUUACCUAAAUCAAGUCAGAGAUGCAGCUGUGGAAAAGGAUGCUUUAGUUAUGACUAGUGCAGCUACUCUUCUCCAAGCUUCUUGGCGUGCUCACUUAGAGAGGCAGCGGUAUUUGGAGCUUCGGACUGCAACCAUCAUCAUCCAGCAGAGAUGGAGAAAGCACUAUAGGCAGAGACACAUGGCUGCUAUUUGCAUACAGGCAAGAUGGAAAGGCUACAGGGAAAGGAAGAGGUAUCAAGAACAAAGGAACAAAAUUAUCCUUUUGCAAUCAAUAUGUAGAGGAUUCAGAUCAAGACAAAGAUUUAAAGCUUUCAAAGAAAAAAGACUAAAAGAAACAAGACUAGAACUUGGAUUGACGAAUAUUGAGCCAUAUGGAAUUCUGAAAAUUCAGGGUUCAGACCCUUCAGAAUGGGAGGAUUGUUCCUUUGACAACAGAGUAAAAGCCAUAGAGAAAUGUAAAUCUGUAAUAGAGAGUAAUCAAAUUAGUUCAGUGGACUGCUUGAUGGAGUCCCCAAACAAGCAACAGGAGAGAGCCAGAAGCCAGAGUGGUGUGGACUUGCAGGAAGAUGUGAUUGUAAGAGAGAGACCCAAGUCCUUGGAGGAUCUCCACCAGAAAAAAGUAGGUCGAGCCAAAAGAGAAAGUCGGAGAAUGAGAGAACUAGAACAAGCUAUAUUUAGCUUAGAAUUGCUGAAAGUUCGUUCUCUUGGUGGUGUGUCUCCUUCAGAAGAACGCAGAUGGUCUACAGAACUGAUGCCUGAGGGCCUUCAGUCCCUACAGGGUACACCUGAUAGUGAAAGCUCUCAAGGAAGCUUGGAACUUCUGAGCUGUGAGGAAAGUCACAAGAGCAAGCUAGAGUCUAUAAUUUUAGAUGAAGGAGACUUGCAGUUUCUAUCACCUAAGAUAUCUAGCACUCAAAAAUUUGAUUCACAGGACAAUGCCCUCAGUGCCUCAAGUGAGACUAAUUAUACAGUGAUUCAAAAGGGAACGUCUUCUGACUCAGUGCAUUUGAAGAAUGGGACUAUGAAGGAAAAACUGGUUUGUAGUUCUGAAUCUAUUACCUGUAAGCCACAGCUGAGAGACUCCUUUAUUUCUAGUAGUCUACCUACAUUUUUUUAUAUUCCUCAACAAGACCCUCUGAAAACAAGUUCCCAACUAGACACAAGUAUCCAGAGAAACAAACUAGUGGAAAGUGAAGAAACAAUUCCAGCUCUUACUUUGGAUAUCAACAGGGAAGCUAGAAAGUAUCACUUCUCAGAAGAAAAUAAAGUUGUUGCUUUGAAUACAGAUUCUUCUAAUACUGUGCUUAAGAAGUUGGAAAAGCUGAACACUGAGAAGGAAGAAAGGCAGAAACAGUUGCAGCAGCAGAAUGAAAAAGAGAUGAUGGAACAGAUUCGCCAGCAAACAGAUAUUUUGGAGAGGGAUCGUAAAGCCUUCAAGACAACUGAAAAGCAAAGAAUUGGGGAAUCUUUUCCAGUAUCAUCUUUCCAUCAGUCAAAUCAAAGAGUGCAGAGGCCAACCUCUCUCCUCAUUCUAAAUACUCCAAAUAAGGAAGAAUCUGAUGUAGCAGGGCCUCCAUUAGUAACUGUAAAAGAUCCAGCUCUUGCCCCCAAAGACAGGCCAUUUGUUCACUUACCUCGGAAGGAUCAACCUGUUACCCUGUUCUUUGAAAGAAAAGGAGGCCCUUGCCAAUCUAGUACUGUCAAUGAAUUAUCUAAGACAGACAGAACGUGCACCCAACUGAAUGUAGGCUGUAAACUCUCUAAUAAUCGCAUUUCAAAAAGAGAACAGUUUAGGCCGACUCAGUCUUAUAGCCACAAAUCUAAUGACCCUCCCAGAGAUGGAACUACUAGGUCUAUUUUCUUCACGCCAAAGGAAAAUAUGAGUAUUUCCCUUGUCAACAAGGAAUCCUCAAACAGUGGAAAUCCUAAACUCCAUAAACAAGAUGUACCAACUUGGAAACCUAUGAUUUUAACUGGGCCGGGCCAAGGAGAACAGGUUGCCAGACCGGCCCAUAAAAAGAAAGCUCGAAUGGCGCGGACGCGCUCCGAUUUCUUGACUAGAGGUACUUUUGCUGAUGGGGAGGGGGAUACAGAGGAAGAUGAUUACGAUGACAUUGAGCCCCUUCUCUCCCUUGACCAACCUUCUCACUCUGAGGUAGGGCUGGCACCCAGUCUGGGUGAGGCCUCUCACAGUGACUCCGAAAUGACAUCACAACGGUUUUCUUCAGUUGAUGAAGAAACAAAGCUUCAUAAGACUAUGUCUCAAGGAGAGAUUACGAAGUUGGCAGUGAGACAGAAGGCUUCGGAUUCAGAUAUAAGACCUCAGAGAGCUAGGAUGAGAUUCUGGGCCAAAGGGAAACAAGGGGAGAAGAAGACUACCAGAGUGAAACCUGCCACCCAGUCGGAGGUUUCAUCACUCAUUGCUGGCUCAGAUAUGAUUCCAGUUCAUCAGUUUCCUGAUGAAUUAGCUCAGUAUCACCCAACACCUCCUUUGAGCCCAGAAUUGCCUGGUAGUUGCCAGAAGGAGUUCAAAGAGAACAAAGAGCCCUCUCCAAAGGCAAAGCGCAAGAGAAGUGUGAAGAUCAGCAGCGUGGCUUUGGAAUCUAUGCAUUGGCAAAAUGACUCUGUCCAGAUCAUAACAAGUGCCAGUGAUUUAAAAAGUAUGGAUGAAUUUCUGCUGAAAAAGAUGAAUGACCUAGAUAAUGAAGACAGCAAGAAAGACACACUAGUGGAUGUUGUAUUUAAAAAAGCCCUGAAAGAAUUCCGGCAGAAUAUCUUCAGCUUUUAUUCAUCUGCAUUGGCGAUAGAUGAUGGGAAAAGCAUACGGUAUAAAGACCUCUAUGCACUAUUUGAGCAGAUUCUGGAAAAGACCAUGAGACUUGAGCAGCGUGAUUGGAGAGAAUCUCCAGUCAGAGUUUGGGUCAACACUUUUAAAGUGUUUUUAGAUGAAUAUAUGAAUGAAUUCAAGACUUUGGAUUGUAUACCCCCAAAGGUGCCAAAAACAGAAAGAAAAAAAAGAAGGAAAAAAGAAACUGAUUUAGUGGAAGAACACAAUGGUCACAUCUUUAAGGCCACUCAAUAUAGCAUUCCUACGUACUGUGAGUACUGUUCUUCUUUGAUAUGGAUAAUGGAUCGAGCCUCUGUUUGCAAAUUAUGCAAGUAUGCUUGCCAUAAGAAGUGUUGUCUGAAAACCACAGCCAAGUGUUCUAAAAAGUAUGAUCCAGAGCUAUCAUCUCGACAAUUUGGAGUUGAAUUGUCCCGUUUGACUAGUGAAGACCGAACUGUUCCUUUAGUGGUGGAAAAGCUUAUAAACUAUAUUGAAAUGCAUGGACUAUACACAGAAGGUAUUUACCGAAAAUCUGGUUCAACUAAUAAAAUCAAGGAACUUCGACAAGGUCUAGAUACAGAUGCUGAAAGUGUAAAUCUAGAUGACUAUAACAUACACGUCAUUGCAAGUGUAUUCAAACAAUGGCUUCGUGAUUUACCCAAUCCACUCAUGACCUUUGAGCUCUAUGAGGAAUUUCUUCGAGCUAUGGGGCUUCAGGAGAGGAAAGAGACAGUCCAUGGUGUAUACUCUGUGAUUGACCAGCUCUCCCGAACUCAUCUCAAUACACUGGAACGCCUAAUUUUUCAUCUAGUCAGGAUUGCUCUGCAGGAAGACACUAAUCGAAUGUCUGCUAAUGCUUUGGCCAUUGUGUUUGCACCCUGCAUCCUCCGCUGCCCUGACACCAUUGACCCACUACAGAGUGUGCAGGACAUCAGUAAGACUACCACCUGUGUGGAGCUGAUUGUUGUGGAACAAAUGAAUAAAUAUAAAGCUCGUCUCAAAGACAUCAAUAGCCUGGAAUUUGCUGAGAAUAAGGCAAAGACCAGGUUGUCACUGAUUCGUAGAUCAAUGGGAAAGGGCCAUCUUCGUCGAGGAAACUAUCCAAGUCCAUCCUCUCCUAUUGUAGUUCGGUUGCCCUCCAUGUCUGAUGUCCCAGAAGAGACCUUGACUAGUGAGGCAGCCAUGGAGACGGACAUCACAGAACAGCAUCAAGCAGCUAUGCAGCAGGAGGAGAGAGUGCUGACUGAACAGAUUGAGAACCUGCAGAAGGAGAAGGAGGAGCUAACAUUUGAAAUGCUUGUACUGGAACCCCGUGCCUCUGAUGAUGAAACCCUUGAGUCCGAGGCCUCCAUCGGGACUGCCGAUAGCUCAGAAAACUUAAAUUUUGAGUCUGAAGGUGCCAUCUUUGAGAAAUCAGAGAAAAGUUCAGCCCUUAGCUCCCUGAAGGCAGCUGGCAAGUCUGAACCUUCUGGCAAGUUGAGGAAGCAGCUAAAAAAGCAGCACGACUCUUUGGAUUCAGUGGACUCUUCCGUCUCUUCUUUAUGUUCAUCUGACACUGUAUUUUCUCAUGGGACCAGAAAACGAUUUCAGAUUUAUUCCAAAUCUCCAUUCUACCGAGCUGCCUCAGCUGGUGAGACCCUAGGAAUGGAGGGGCCAUUGGGCCAGACAAAAUCCCUGGAAGACAGGCCUCAGUUCAUCAGCCGAGGAACCUUCAACCCUGAAAAGGGCAAACAGAAAUUAAAGAAUGUGAAAAACUCACCUCAGAAAACCAAAGAGACCUCAGAGGGAACAGUGGUGUCUGGCCGCAGGAAAACUGUGGACCCAGACUGCAGCUCUACCCAACAGCUAGCUCUCUUUGGAAAUAAUGAGUUUAUGGUCUGAACUGGCAGAUGUGUGUCCCUUCAUGGCUGCAGAGUGGUAAACACAUCUCAUCUUUGGGGCCUCUUCUCAUCACCUCAAGAUCCUGUCUCUUGCCCAAGCAUACAACCAAGACCUUGUGUGCUGAAUUCCUGGGCCUACUGCCAUAGUGGAAAGGCCUCUUUGAAGCCUGCCUGGGAUGAUGCCAGCUGUGCCUUGGCUGCUGUGUAUGACUAGAGAUUUUAUGAACAAAGCCACCUACUAGGGUAUGGGGCUUUGGGUCAGUUGUGGAGGUCUUUGUGUUGCCUCUCUUCUAUCUUCUUUUCCCAUUCCAGAGGCGGGUGUGGAACUGGGGAGCACAUUGUGGGCCUGAGGGACGCACUGAUUUCAGACAUUUGAAGAAAACACAAAUCUUUCUUAACUAUGAAAGCAAAAGCCUUUAGGUUUAUUUUGGGAUAGUUAGGAGCUGGGGUAGAAUAUACUUUUUUUUCCAGGGAUUUAUAAACAAAAAAAACCUAAGCUCUCUAUUUUAAGAUUUUUGAAAAACAAUGUUAUAUUCUGGGGGAAGUAAAACAGCAGUUUUUUCCAUGAAGCCAUCAGAGCAUGUCUCAGACCUCUGGUUACACAGUGAAGAAGACAGUACAGGUUUUGUUUUUUGAUGAUGUUUGAUGUAAUAUAAUCAGUGCUGGUUUAACUCCUAGUUGGUUCCUGCCAAAUAUAUUGCAUGGGCUGAAAUUUCAGUAGCCAUACUGUUCUCAUAUUUCCUGGUCCUAGGAUCAGGUUCCUCUCAUUUUUUUAAAUGUCCCAACAAUAUGGCGAUCCCUACACAUGAGGGUUUCACCCUGAUCCAUCCAGGCUUUUUUCUUUGUAUAG